GUUGGUGUUCACGCUGCGCUGCGAGUUCCUGGAAGCUCUCGUUAUCUUCAUCACUAUCGCGAGCGUCCAAUGUGUUCGCUUCAACACGACCGCGAGGGACCCAACCUCUCGCGGGGCCGAACGGAUCACCGACGUGCCGGUGCGCAUACUGCAGAACACUCUCGAACAGUUCGUUGUCGGUUGCGUCAGCAAGCUGACGCUGGCGACCUUCCUGACACAGCGCUCGAUGACGUUGAUCCCGCUGCUCGUCGCGCUCUGGUGCGUCGGUCGCGUCGCCUUCGCCAUCGGCUACCUGUUGUCACCGAUGCGUCGUGCAAUCGGAUUCGUGUUGACGUCUUUCUCGACGUACGUCGCCAUCGGCGGCGUCGCCUAUUGCUGCUACACAUCCGGUAUAGGUCACGACAUCGGCACGGUGGCGGGCGUGUAGUGACGUCAUAGAAUGGUAGAGUAAUCUACGUUGAGUGUUAGAGUUAGGAUUAUAUAUAUAAUAAUAUAUAUAUAUAUAUAUAUAUUCAUGUAUAAUGCACCCUAUCAUCUCCCACUAGGUGGCGUGCGCAAACCACAAUAACUAUGGUCCCCUAUAUACAAGAAUCUGCAUUCAAUCUGUUAUAUAGGGACCUAACAAUAACUCUUCUUGUGCAGUUGUAGUGUAUUGAGUGAGUGCUCUUCUUAAUUGCCUAGAU